UAAUAGUUGAAUAAUUUUUUUUUUUUUUCAACUUGCAACAAUUUUCUAACACAGGCAUGCGCAUAUUUCAUGUCAAGUGUUGUUAGAAGUAAUAUUUUGGUUUUUCGGGGGCCUAUAAAUUAAUUAAAAAUGCAUAAGCUUAAAUUUUCCCAAAAAGACAAAGUGAAAAAAUUCAUAACUUUCACUCAAACUGGUGAGCAGACAGCAAUUUACUGCUUAACACAAAAUGACUGGAAAUUAGAAUUGGCAAGUGACAAUUAUUUUCAAAAUCCAGAUGCUUACUAUAAGGAUACCAGGGGCGGUCACUCAGUGGACAAGAAAAAACUGGAAAUAUUAUUUGCACGAUAUCAAGAUCCAAGUGAGCCAGAUAAAAUAACUGAGGAUGGAAUAAUGAAGUUUCUUGAUGACUUGGGACUCAGUCCAGAAAGCAGACUAGUGUUGAUUAUUGCAUGGAAAUUUAGAGCAGAAACACAGUGUGAAUUUACACGUGAUGAAUUUAUGACUGGCAUGAAUGAACUUGGAGUUGAUGGAGUUGACAAAUUAAAAUCUCGUUUAAAUAGUUUAGAAAAUGAAAUUCGUGAUACACAAAAAUUUAGAGAUUUUUAUCAUUUUACAUUUAAUUAUGCUAAAAAUCCAGGACAAAAAGGACUUGAUCUUGAUAUGGCAAUAGCAUACUGGAAUAUUGUGCUAAGUGAUAAAUUUAAAUUUUUACAAUUAUGGUGUCAAUUUCUUCAGGAACAUCACAAAAGAUCAAUUCCAAAAGACACAUGGAAUCUUUUACUUGAUUUUGCAUUAAUGAUUGAUUCAGACAUGGCUAAUUAUGAUGAGGAAGGUGCUUGGCCGGUGCUAAUUGAUGACUUUGUUGAAUGGGCACAGCCCCAGGUUCGUCAGUACAACAAUAUCCCAUUAUCAUUUUCUAAUUAAUUUUUAUUUAUUUUUCAAUUUAUUAAUAAUAUUUAAAAUAACAAUUGAAAGAUGUACUUUUUAUGAAAAAGUAUCAGACAGUGGUGUUAGUAAAACUAUCAUUUUUGUUAGAUAAUUUUAUCAUAAUUUUUUUUUGUUGACUUUAAUGCAUUUUUUCUUUUUCUUUUUCUCAUAAAUUGCUCAAUCAUUACGAUUUUCUUUUUUUUCUUUUUUUUUUUUCUUUUCACGUCAACUUUAUAUGGUACUUUUUCGUUUAAAUAUGUUCUUCAAAUAGAUAAUAAUAUCUUUAAAAUUUUAAUACACACUUGCAUAAUAUUUAAACUUUGAAAUCUUUGAAAAAUCAAAAAAAAAAAAAAAAUUAACUCUACAUUCUAGCAUCAUUAAUUAACAAUAGAAAAAAAAACGUUCUUGUAUUUUUCUACGUGAAAAAAAUUCAAUUGAUAUAAUUUUUGUUUUUGAAUUGAACUAAAUUAUCAGUUUCUUUUUUUUCAAACAAUUUAAAAUGAUUUUGUUUUUCUAUAUCCAAGCAUACGUUAUAUUUUUUUUUUUUUCUCAUCACAUUCAAUAAUAUUUUUAAUUAAAAUAUUUGUCAAACUGCGAUAUACUUAACAUGAUUUAUUAUUUUGAAGAAGUAGCAAAUUAAAAGAGAACAAAGAAAAACAUAAUUAAAUUUAAGUAGAAAUUUUUAGUAAAUAAUCUAUGAAAAAAUGGUGAUAAUAAUACACAAUUAUACAGACACAUGCACACAUACACCAAUAGUUUUUAGUAAUAAUAAAUCAUUGAGUUUAGCUAAAAAUAAUUAACAAAAUUACUAUAAAAUAUAUCAAAAAAAAAUAUAAUUAUUCCGAUUAUUUCUUAAAAUUAAAAUCUUGCUUAAUACAUCGUGUCCAGCAACAAAAAUAUUUUCGAUGAGAUUUAUAUUUUUUAAAGAAAAUCAGAUAAUUAUUAAAAAAAAAAAAAUAACAACUAUAAUUAUACAAUUAAAUUGAAAAAAAAAAAAACACUUUUUAAAGUUCUAAACUCUGUUAUAAAUUAUUAUCGGAGAUUGCAAUAGUAAAAAUUAAAAUGUUGUUGAAAGAAUUAAAAAAAAAAAAAAACUACCUUUGUAUAUAUUGUAAAUAAAAGUCAUAAAAUUUGUGGCAUUAAAAAAUACAAAUAAUUUAAUUUUUGCUGGUUCGAAUAAAACACAAAAAUUAUAAUAAAAACAACAACUAAA